ACGUUUAUAGGCCAAUUUAUUUUUCUGGCGGGUUUUUUUUACCAUCGAAGUUCAUACCAAUGUCACUUUCCAAUUUUCUUUCAUCGUUGCAGACCAAAUAAUUGUUACAAUUUUUUUUUCCUUAAAAAUUAGGAUUUUCUUGAGGAUAAUUUGGAAAAGAGUCGUACUGCAAUACGUAAUUAAUACAAUUCAAAAUUGAAAUUCCGAUGCUAUUUUUAUAUAAUUACGUAAAUUGAUUUUUUUUUUUUCUUUUUGGGAAUUAUGGUAAUUGAUUUUGAUUUAUUUUUUCAAAAGUUUAUAGCAAAAAAAAAACAUAAAAAGAAAAACAAAAAUAGAUAGAACUGUAGAGUUCAGGGGCAAAACGAACCGUUGCAGGUAAAACCCUAAUUUCAAACCCCGAAAGCUCAAAUUCUUGCGUCGUUAACUCGCCGGCUAACACAAUUCGGUGAAAUGUAUGGAUCCGACAAAGUCUCCGACGACUCUGAGCGAACGGCUUUCAGGAGAGCGGAGAAGAAGUACAAGCUCUAUUACGAUCCGGCCUCGAAAAAGAAAAAGCAACCCAAAAAGGUGGAUUUAUCCGAGGUCCUGGAUUUUAAGUCCAUUCUUGAAUCAUACAACGAAAACAGCGAGCUUCCGAAUGGAUUCAAUGUUCUUCGAUGCGAUUCAGGCCGUCCUGUGUUCUCCAUGGAAAAUCGCCCCGGAUUCUAUUUCAUUCCUGGAGCAUUGAAUAUACAAGAACAAUGCGAAUGGAUAAAGGAGAGUCUGACCAGCUUCCCACAGCCACCUAAUAGAACAAAUCACAAUGCAUUUUAUGGGCCUAUUAAUGACUUGUUUCUUGCGGCAACGGAGAAGAAAAUUUUGGUUGAAGAGGGGAAUUCUCCUGCUAGUUUGAAUUCCGGAUGCAAUGUUUCUCCCGGUGAUGGGGAUGUUCAACGGUGGAAGUUCUUCAAGGAAGAUGUUGUGUCUUCUAGAGGAAAUACACGCAAGUCUAUUUCAGCUUCUGUUCUACUGCGAAAGUUGCGUUGGAGUACCCUUGGCCUGCAAUUUGACUGGUCCAAGCGAAACUACAAUGUGUCUCUUCCGCAUAACAAAAUCCCCACUGCACUUGGUGAACUUGCUAAAAGGAUGGCAGCACCUGCAAUGCCUCUGGGAGAAGGUUUCAAGCCAGAGGCUGCAAUAGUUAACUACUUUGGAUUAGGUGAUUCUCUUGGAGGCCACCUUGAUGAUAUGGAAGCAGAUUGGAGUAAACCAAUAGUGAGCAUAAGUUUGGGCUGCAAAGCAAUUUUCCUUUUGGGAGGAAAGUCAAAAGAGGAUCCUCCAUUAGCAAUGUUCCUUCGAAGUGGUGAUGUUGUACUUAUGGCUGGAGAAGCCAGGGAAUGCUUUCAUGGUGUGCCUCGUAUAUUCACAGCCAAAGAAAAUGCCGAAAUUGCAGCUCUUGAGUUGCAGUUAUCACAUGAAGAUGAUCAUUAUUUCUUAGAAUACAUCCAGACUUCUAGAAUCAACAUCAACAUCAGACAAAUGGUCAGUCUAUCAAAUGAAAGCUCCUGUUUGAACUUUCUAUCGAAACAAAACAUAUUUCUGGUUCCUGGAAAUUGCAGAUUUUGAAUAUCACAUGGAAAAUGAUUUAAGAAAGAAUCAUCUCUGCGAAUGAAAAUCAAAGCGUAAAAUUAACGUUUUGUGGAGAGUGGGAUUUGAACCCACGCCCUUUCGGACCAGAACCUUAAUCUGGCGCCUUAGACCAACUCGGCCAUCUCCACUUUGUGAGGUUUGAAAU